UCAUCAGUGUCCUUUCAAUUUCUUUCGACGAACCUUCAUUUCUCAAUUUUGAUCGCUUCGAAGAACGAAUCAAUAUAAGCCUGCCACAAACCCUAGAAUACGACAACGCACGACGACGAAGUCGAAGAAGACGACUACUAUAAAACGACGAAGAUAAAUAACUUCAAUCUCCAAUCGAGAGCUUUUGAAUUUUCAGCGAUGAGACCGAUUCAAUCGCCUCCAGGAGUUUCCGUUCCGGUUAAAAGCCGUCCUCGUCGCCGUCCUGAUCUUACCUUACCGCUUCCUCAACGCGAUGUUUCUCUCGCUGUACCUCUCCCUCUCCCACCUACUUCCGGUGGAUCUGCGCCGUCUUCUGGUGGUUCAGCGUCUUCAGCUCCGUCGACGAACACUAACAGCUCCUCAGAAUCGAAGAACUAUUCGGAUUUAGUGAGAGGUAACCGGAUCGGAAGCGGAGCUGGUGGGACGGUUUACAAAGUGGUUCACCGUCCGAGUUCUCGUCUAUACGCACUCAAGGUGAUAUACGGUAACCACGAGGAGACAGUGAGACGUCAGAUCUGUAGAGAGAUCGAGAUUUUGCGAGAUGUGAAUCAUCCAAACGUUGUGAAAUGUCACGAGAUGUUUGAUCAGAAUGGUGAGAUCCAGGUUUUGCUUGAGUUUAUGGAUAAAGGUUCUUUAGAAGGUGCUCAUGUGUGGAAAGAGCAACAAUUAGCUGAUCUAUCUCGUCAGAUUCUUAGUGGUUUAGCUUAUCUUCAUAGCCGUCACAUAGUUCAUCGUGAUAUCAAACCAUCGAAUCUUUUGAUAAACUCUGCUAAGAACGUUAAGAUUGCAGAUUUUGGAGUGAGUAGGAUCUUGGCUCAGACUAUGGAUCCGUGUAAUUCAUCUGUUGGAACCAUUGCUUAUAUGAGUCCUGAGAGGAUUAACACUGAUUUGAAUCAGGGUUUGUAUGAUGGUUAUGCUGGAGAUAUUUGGAGCUUAGGUGUUAGCAUUUUGGAGUUUUACUUGGGGAGGUUUCCUUUCCCUGUGAGUAGACAAGGUGAUUGGGCAAGUCUUAUGUGUGCCAUUUGUAUGUCUCAGCCUCCCGAAGCUCCACCUACCGCGUCGCCGGAGUUUCGACAUUUUAUCUCGUGUUGCUUGCAGAGAGAACCGGGGAAAAGGAGAAGUGCGAUGCAGCUAUUGCAGCAUCCUUUCAUAUUAAGAGCAAGUCCGAGCCAGAACAGGUCUCCUCAGAAUCUACAUCAACUCUUGCCUCCUCCUCGUCCUCUGUCCUCUUCUUCUUCUCCAACCACAUAGCGUUUUCUCUCCUCUCCCCUUCAUCAACUUACAUUUUUUCCUGUUACUGUUCUUGUUGAGUCUUUGUCCAAUUUUUGCGUAAGCUUCUUUUCUUCAUUACUAAUCAAGGAGGGUCUCUGAAUCUUACAUUAAUUAAGGAGUAAAAAACUCGAGAAAGGGUUUAUUGGGAUUAUUGAAUCUUUGGGUUAUUGUUUUCUAGAAAGAUAAAGAGAACAAUAAAUUCUUAUGCUUAUGAUGGUGCAUGUAUCCCCAAUGUAGCUUUCUUGAAUUUUUCAUAAAAGUUUUUGCCU